CACGCCGACGCGCGAACGCACGCAACGCACGUACCCGGAACGCGAUGCAAAUCUUCGUCAAGACGCUCACGGGCAAGACGAUCACGCUCGAGGUCGAGUCCUCGGACACGAUCGAUAACGUCAAGGCGAAGAUUCAAGACAAGGAAGGGAUCCCGCCGGACCAGCAACGUUUGAUCUUCGCCGGGAAGCAGCUCGAAGACGGUCGCACGUUGGCCGACUACAACAUCCAGAAGGAGUCCACGCUUCACUUGGUGUUGCGUCUCCGCGGCGGCAUGCAAAUCUUCGUCAAGACGCUCACGGGCAAGACGAUCACGCUCGAAGUGGAGUCCUCGGACACCAUCGACAACGUCAAGGCGAAGAUUCAAGACAAGGAAGGCAUCCCGCCGGACCAGCAACGUUUGAUCUUCGCCGGGAAGCAGCUCGAAGACGGUCGCACGUUGGCCGACUACAACAUCCAGAAGGAGUCCACGCUUCACUUGGUGUUGCGUCUCCGCGGUGGCAUGCAAAUCUUCGUCAAGACGCUCACGGGCAAGACGAUCACGCUCGAGGUCGAGUCCUCGGACACGAUCGAUAACGUCAAGGCGAAGAUUCAAGACAAGGAAGGCAUCCCGCCGGACCAGCAACGUUUGAUCUUCGCCGGGAAGCAGCUCGAAGACGGUCGCACGUUGGCCGACUACAACAUCCAGAAGGAGUCCACGCUUCACUUGGUGUUGCGUCUCCGCGGUGGCAUGCAAAUCUUCGUCAAGACGCUCACGGGCAAGACGAUCACGCUCGAAGUGGAGUCCUCGGACACCAUCGACAACGUCAAGGCGAAGAUUCAAGACAAGGAAGGCAUCCCGCCGGACCAGCAACGUUUGAUCUUCGCCGGGAAGCAGCUCGAAGACGGUCGCACGUUGGCCGACUACAACAUCCAGAAGGAGUCCACGCUUCACUUGGUGUUGCGUCUCCGCGGCGGCAUGCAAAUCUUCGUCAAGACGCUCACGGGCAAGACGAUCACGCUCGAAGUGGAGUCCUCGGACACCAUCGACAACGUCAAGGCGAAGAUUCAAGACAAGGAAGGCAUCCCGCCGGACCAGCAACGUUUGAUCUUCGCCGGGAAGCAGCUCGAAGACGGUCGCACGUUGGCCGACUACAACAUCCAGAAGGAGUCCACGCUUCACUUGGUGUUGCGUCUCCGCGGUGGCUGCUAAAUACUUACAUUUAGUCCCACGUCCGCUUCGGCGAUCUCCGCCGCGUUUGCUAUUCUGAAAAGAUUUCUGCGGGCGAGGCGUUGAGAACGUGAAGCGCUUCAGCAGACGAACGACACGAAAGAUGUACCGAUUCUUGUUUUAGCCAUUACCAUUACCAUACACACAUGUAACGACAGUACCAAAAGCUGUACGCC